UAGGCUGUUUGUGGUUUGUCAGUAUAUGUGUGACUCUCGUACCCGUAACUUCACUUUAAAACUGUGACCGUUUAUAGGAUCAGAUCAACCAUCUUAGGUCAUUCUAUGGCGUGGCUGACCCCCUUUCUUAUCUUCUGUCUUCAGAUACUCUACACGCCAUGUCAAGCAAACGAACAAGCCUCUCUAAGGUUUGUUGGGAUUGGAGACUGGGGUGGGCUUCCUUUAUACCCCUACUACACAUCACAUGAGUUGGACACGGCCAAUGAACUGGGCAGAACUGCUGAGAGCUCAGGCCUGGACUUUGUCCUCAGCUUAGGAGAUCAUUUCUACUUCAGCGGUGUCAGGGACAUGUAUGACACACGCUUCAAGUCUACUUAUGAGAGCGUUUUCUCCCACCCUGCGCUCAUCACUGUGCCAUGGUACCUGUUGGCGGGAAAUCACGAUCACCGUGGAAACGUAUCAGCCCAGAUUGCCUACUCAAACCAAUCUGAAAGAUGGAACUAUCUCGACCUCUACUAUGAACUGAACUUCAAAGUUCCUCACAGUAACACAUCCCUUACGGUUCUGAUGAUUGACACGGUGGUUUUGUGCGGGAACACCUAUGAUGGACUUGAUCCAGUAGGCCCGGAAGACUUAAUUGCUUCUAACCAACAGAUGAAGUGGAUAGAGGAGAAACUUCAAAACGCUAAGUCAGAAUUUGUCAUUGUGGCUGGUCACUAUCCAGUCUGGUCCAUUGGCCAUCAUGGUCCCACCAAGUGUCUAGUGAAGAAUCUCAGACCCCUACUGAAGAAGUACAACGUUUCUUUAUAUCUAUCUGGUCAUGACCACAGUCUACAGUUUAUCAGAGAAGACGAUGGAAGUUCGUACGUUGUCAGUGGAACUGGAGUUGUCGAGGAGACGUUCACUGGCCACAAGAACAGCUUCCCAUCAUCUUGGCAACUCUUUUCCAAUGCGGUCAAUAAGACGACAGGAGCAUUUGUGUACUUUGAGGUCAAUCCAAGUAAAAUGCUGAUAAGUUACAUUCAACCAGAUGGGAAAUGUGUUUACCAGACAUCUGUUCCUAAACGCACAUUCUAACUCUUGCAUAAUCCUAACAUUAAUAAUUGUCUGCUCUUAAAGGGAUAGUUUAGCCAAAAAUAAAAUCUCUGUCAUAUUUCACUCACACUAACGUUGUUCCAAACACAUAUGACUUUCUGAAACAUCUGGUGUGAAACAUCUUCUUUUGUGUUCUACGGGAAAAGGAAAGUCAAAGCGGAUUGGCAAAACAUGGGAGUGAGUAAAUGAUGACAUCAUUUCAAUUUUUUGGAUUUAAAGUCCCUCUAACAUAAGUCACAUUGACAAAGUUUAUUUUUGCCUGUGCAUUAAUUCCUAAUUGUACUAAGUGCAUUUUAGCUAUAAAUUAUGUUUUUUUUUUUUAUUUAACAAAAUAAAACAUUCUAAUUUAAUCAAAAUAAUUUGUUAUUUUAUUUUCUGAACUUAAUUGUUUUUAAAGCUUGAUUUAUUUUGUAUUUUCUUGAUCAUUUUUAUGUAAAGCACUUUGAA